GAACCACUUCUGUUCAUCUUUCGUCACCGCGUUUUCUUAAAACCCCAGCCAAACACGCCCUUAUUUCCAACAAACACUACUUCGCGCUUCCAUCACUACUCUCCAAAAUCAAACAUAUAUAAACUAGGGUUUCAAACAGCUUGUAUCUAUUGCCUAUACUUACAGAAAUGGAUGAACAAAUUGAAAUUGAAGAAUCAUCACAAAGCAGCUUCUCAGAACUCAAGCACCACUGCUUACAGCUCCUCGAGCUCCUUCAAAACCCUAGAAACGACUCUCACACACUCUCUCAACUCCAUAGCCUCCUCUCGCGAUCUCCGCCGCACUCUCUCCAGCCUUUUUUCGAUUAUACGUUGUUUCCAUUGCUGCUUCUAUUGGAUAGAGCUGUCGAGUGUAGAUCGCAGGUUGAUUCCGAUAAUUCUAGUGGACCACUUAUAGUGAGUGACAGUAUAGCUGAAGGUGUGCUUAAAUGUUUAGAGGAACUUCUAAAAAAGUGUCAAAUAGGAUCGCUGGAUCAGAUGGUCAUUAUAUUGAAGAAAUUGACUAAUGGGGCGAUACUUUCUCCAUCUGAGGCUGCAGAAGAAUUUCGUGGAGGGGUAUUAAGGUGUUUCAAGGCUCUGCUUCUUAGUUUGCAUAUGUGCUCCAACAAGUCUUGCCCAUGUAAACAGAUAAUUGGUUGGCCUGCACUUUCAAAAAGAAGUGAAUUUCAAUCACCCAUUAGUACAGGCACAGAAUAUGAUUCUGAACGAGAAUGUCUACUUGCAUUUCUUCAAUCUCAAACAGCUUCGGCUGCUGUUGGGCAUUGGCUUUCUCUUCUUCUAAAGGCUGCAGAUAUCGAAGCAGGGCGUGGACAGCUAGGUAGUGCACAACUUCGGGCAGAAGCCUUUUUUACGCUGCGUAUACUUGUUGCCAAGGUUGGCACGGCAGAUGCUUUAUCAUUCUUUGCUCCUGGUGUAGUAAGUCAAUUUGGCAAAGUUUUACAUGUAGCAAAAGCGAUGAUAAGUGGAGCUGCUGGAAGUGCAGAAAGCCUAGAUCAAGCAAUUCGAGGUUUGGCUGAGUUCCUUAUGAUAGUUCUGGAAGAUAAUGGUGAUUUGCUUAGUCCUGAUGAAACUGUCAAUGGCAUUGCUGGAAUGCCCUUGAAUAAGGAUAUAUCUUUGCAAUCAGUCCUGGAGGAUCUCCGCCAUUUGCCUGUUAAUGCUAUUGGUCAGAGUCAAAUUGUAGUGAAAGAUGUGAAAAAUGUAGUGGUGGACGGGAGUGUUCCUGCAGUGAGACACAUGAACAAGGGCACUAAAAGCAGGGAAAUUCCACUAGGAAGGCUGCAUGUUGAUCGUACAAAAGAGUGGAUAUUGAAAACUUCAGCUCACGUGACUAAAUUAUUGUCUGCAACUUUUCCGAAUCUUUGUGUACAUCCAGCUCAAAAGGUGAGAAGGGCACUAUUGGCUGCUGUGGAAGGGCUUUUAUCAAGGUGCUACUACACACUGAAGGAGAGCAGAUUAGUUUUUCUGGAGUGUUCAUUCGUGUUAGUUUGUGAUGAUUUCGAAGAGGUGUCUGAAGCUGCACAAGUGUUUCUUGGAAAUCAGUUCUCAUCAAGGGGAAAACAUGACAUUAAGCAUGAUGUUGCUCAAAUUUUUAGCAGGCUCACCAAGAAGCUUCCAAAUAUGGUGCUUGGAAGUGAGGAGGCACUUGCAAUAUCACAUGCACAAAAAUUGCUAGUUCUAAUUUACUUCUCUGGUCCAAGUCUUGUAAAGGACCACCUCCUCCAAUCACCUGCCACAGCUGCCCAAUUCUUAGAUUCAUUUGCUCUGUGUCUGGGUCAAAAUUCGGCAUUUGCUGGUUCGCUUCAGAAUCUUAUGUUAGCAAGGCCGUCCUCAACUGGUUAUCUGCACUCUAUAGCCGAGAUGAGAUCCGUCAAUUGCUUUAGCAUCGAUGAUAAAUCUAUCAAUCAAUCCUUUUCAUCUAAAGAGCCAAAGUUUCUGGGCACCCAAAAGAACGGACCUUUAAACACAUGGGAAAAUGUGCACAAUAAAGACAAGCUUCCACGAAUGCCCCCUUGGUUUGUCCAUGUGGGCAGUGAUAAGCUUUAUUUGACCCUUGCAAGAAUCUUGAGGCUUGUAGGUUUAUCUUUAGUUGCAGAUUCCCAAAGUGAAGCAUCGCUAUCAGUUGUUGCUGAUAUUCCUCUAGGCUACUUGCGUAAAUUGGUUUCUGAGAUACGGAUAAAGAGUUACAGUAAGGAAAGUUGGAAAUCUUGGUACCGUAGAACUGGUUCUGGACGCUUAGUGCGACAGGCUAGUGUUGCUGCAUGUAUUCUUAAUGAGAUGAUAUAUGGUCUGUCAGAUCAAGCAAUUGAUGCAUUUAGUAAGAUGUUCCACAUUCCCUGUAUAAGAUGGGAAGUAGAUGAAACUGCGAUGGUAGAUGAAUAUUCUAUGCAACAGGACAAAGUUGCGCGUACUGGGCAAGAUGAGUCCGUUUGGAGGUUUUGUCAUAAAGAUGGACACAGUCAUUUGAUUGAUUGUGUUGGUAGUGUAUUACAUGAAUAUUUAUCUAGUGAAAUCUGGGAUCUUCCCAGUGCAAAGCAGGAUUUUGUUGAACUAUCAGAUAUUGCAGAUGGGGAUAUAACCUUGCAUUUUUUUCAUGACAAUGCUAUGAUGCACCAGGUUGUAAUAGAUGGGAUAGGAAUAUUCAAUAUGUGCCUUGGAGGAGAUUUCACAUCUUGUGGCUUUCUUCAUUCUUCACUAUAUGUGUUGCUUGAGAGUCUUAUUUGUUCUAACUUCCACAUUAGAAGUGCAUCUGAUGCGGUCUUACAUGUUAUUGCAGCUACAUCUGGCUAUCCAACGGUUGGGCACUUGGUGGUAGAUAAUUCAGACUAUAUAAUUGACUUUAUUUGUCAACAAUUGCGCCAUUUGGAUUUGAACCCUCAUGUGCCAGGUGUGCUUGCUGCUAUGCUCUCCUACAUCGGAGCAGCGCAUAAUAUAUUGCCAUUACUGGAGGAGCCGAUGAGGUCUGUUUCUCUGGAGCUUGAGAUUCUUGGCAGGCAUCAACAUCCUGAAUUAACUAUUCCUUUUCUGAAGGCGGUUGCAGAAAUCGUUAAGGCAUCCAAGCGGGAGGCGGUUACGUUGUGUUCUCAAGCAGAGUCAUAUUUAGAGGUUGUCAAGUCUAAAAUGUCUGCCAUAGAAAAUAAUAUAAAAUGUGAUAUCGGUGCUGCUGCUGUGGAUUGUGAAAAAGAGACCGGUGACUUUACCAACAAUGUAGAUGUGUACAUGGAAGAGGUGGAGUCUACAUUGCUCACAAUAAGUGAUUUUAGAAGAUAUAGACGUACAGUUGGCUCGAUAAUUGGUUCAUGUGUGACAGCUGUAACACCUCUGCUUAUUUCUGCAAUGCAAGUGGCUAGCCUAGUUGCCUUUGAUAUCAUUGAGGAUUGUGUUAUGGCUCUUGCAAAAGUGGAGGCGGCCUAUAAAGACGAGAAGCAGACUAUGGUUUUAAUUGAAGAAAUUGUAGAGUUGUGCUCACGAUACGAUUUUAAAGAUGCGCUGGAUGCAGAUGAGAAUGCAACAGAUGAGAACAGGUUGCUUCCUGCAAUGAAUAAAAUAUGGCCUUUCUUGGUCUCAUGUUUUAGAAGUGGGAACCAGUUGGCUGUUCGCAAAUGCUCGGCGGUGAUUAGCAGUUCAGUGCAAGUUUGCGGGGGAGACUUCUUUUCACGUCGCUUUUAUACGGAUGGCGGACACUUCUGGAAGCUUCUUAACACAUCACCAUUUAAGAAGAAACCUAUCUCAAAAGAGGAGAGAACACCCCUUCAACUUCCUUACCGGAGUACUCACACGGUGUCUGAGAAUUCAAUGUCUGAGGUGUCUGAUUUGAAAGUUCAGGUGGCGGUGCUAAAUAUGAUUGGUGAUAUAUCCCGGAACAAAAGGAGUGCCUCAGCACUGGAUGCAGUCCUCAAAAAGGUGAGUGGUAUUGUUGUAGGGAUUGCGUGCAGUGGCGUCACUGGGCUUCGGGAUGCAUCUAUAAAUGCCCUAGCUGGCCUUGCCAGUAUCGACCCUGAUCUGGUUUGGCUUCUUUUAGCUGAUGUUAACUAUUCAACCAAGAAAAACACACUGCCACAGCCCACUGCAGAUUUUCCGAAAGUUAAUCAAAUUUUGCCCCUACCACAAUCUACUAAAGACUACCUUUAUGUACAGUAUGGAGGUCAGAGUUAUGGUUUUGACAUUGAUUUCGCUUCUGUAGAGAUUGUUUUUAAAAAGUUGCACUCACAGGUUUUCACUUCCCAGUUCUACAUUUAGAUGUCAGGAUGACAGCAUAUACAUGUACAGUUAGGAUCGAUGUCAUUUAGGAAUCAGUACGCUGCUACUACCUAAAACACAGUACUGAUCAUGUAUAUACGUUCUUAAGCUUUGUUAGUGACGAUGUUAUUAAAGAAUCAGGAUGUUCUUUUUCUUUUCCCCGAUAAUUUAGGAUUUGCCUAUUUGGGAUGUUUGUACUAUUUGUAAUGCAGCACGGGUCAUGUAUAUACGUUCUUAAGCUUCGUAUGA